CCGCUCUUGUGCGCAGCGUUGACAACUGACGCCUAAACCUCUCAGGCCCAACAUUCUCCUCUAGUCUGCUUAUCAGAUCCGACAACCGCGGGGUUGAAAUUCCAAAAAGGGUCCGCACCACCAUCAUAAAAUUCCUUGACAUUUGCUCCAGUAGCAGGAAGCACCCUUUGUGCCCAUAUCUCCAAAAUGACAGACCCUCGUCCUGACUACAAGGCGAUCUUCACUCAGAUCACCGUGAAUCUCUCCAACACACUGACUACAUUCGGUCCCCGUUCACCACAAUACAAAUGUGUUGUGGAGAUGCUCAAGGAGUUUAUGAGACGUGUGGAGAAGGAUAUGAAUGAGCGCAAUCGUCGCGAGCUUGAUCCGGAUAUGUUGAGCACUGCUAUGGAGUUCUUGAAGAUUGGGGAGGAGAGAUGACUUGGAGUAUGAGACGGGAUGGAGGGGUGGGAUUGCUGGUUGUCGGUAUGAAAACUGAUGACCUUUUGACUCGAGUCUUUUAACAAGCGUAUUGCAUGGCUGUUUUGUCCGGAAGUGCCUUCAUGUAUUAUGCUACGAUGUUUUACGAAUACCCUACAAAUUUGGAAUGUGUUGAAUACUGGCGCUGCGGUAAAUGAUUGAAAAUAUACGAGCCUCUCGCCUCGCUGUGUCUGGUUCUCGUUGUAUUUCGUUCCAGGAAUUAGCAUCGCUAUAUAGUAUUCCAGAUAGUCGGCCUUGCGUGAUAAGCAAGAAAUAUUGUG